AUGGGCUCAAAUGACCUUUCGGACAUUUCAACAAGUUUGUUUGUUCCAAUCCCAAAUCUGGUGCUGCUCAGACUUACUAGCACGAAUCUACGCUCCUUAGACUUUCUGAUUCACGCCAACCUGACAAAACUUCAGCAGCUGCUGGUAAGAAAGAACACCUUUUCUGUGAUCAGCGAAGAUGUCAUCCACUCUUUACCAAGUCUGAAACGGAUAGAGCUGAUGGACAACAACUUUGCCUGUGACUGUGACAACGCCUGGUUUGUGCAGUGGAUCAAAAAGAACAAUCAAACUCAAGUGACUGAUGCUCAGACCUUCAGAUGCAACUCCCGUCCUCUCCAAAAAAACACAAAGUUACUGGAUCUCAAUGUGCAGUCCUGCUUUGUGGACGUGGGCUUCAUCUGUUUCAUUUCCAGCUCAUGUUUGAAUAUUCUUAUCCUCGUGGCAUCAUUCACCUACCAUUUCAGUCGCUUUCAGCUUAUCUAUGCCUACUACAUCUUCCUGGCCUGGCUGUUUGAAGCCAAAAACAAGCAGAAGCGAGCCGAGUGUCGGUACGACGCCUUUGUCUCAUACAACAGCAAAGAUGAGGCCUGGGUCUAUGGAGAACUGGUGCCACAUCUGGAGCAGGAGCAAGGCUGGACACUCUGUUUGCACCAUAGAGACUUCCUCCCAGGGAAGCCCAUUGUGGAAAACAUUGCAGAGGCCAUUUAUGAAAGCAGAAAGACCAUUUGUGUGAUCAGCCACAGGUAUCUGCAGAGUGAAUGGUGCUCCAAAGAGAUGCAGCUGGCCAGCUUUCGUUUGUUCGAUGAGUGCGAGGACGUUCUGAUCCUGCUGUUCCUGGAGGACAUCCCCCUGUCUCAUCUAAAUCCUUAUUAUCGCAUGAAGCGGCUGCUCAAGAAACGCACAUACCUGAGCUGGACACAGCGUCUUUCCUUUCGUGUUGUCACCGUGCUGCGUCGAUGUGUUUUCGCCGAAGCUUCUGCCAAAACAGGUGAGAUCACAGAGCGCACUGACAAACUGGAGCCCAAGGAGCACGGAAGCAGCCGCCGGCGCUCUGAUCCUGCUCUGCAUGCGCGCAAAAGGUGUCCGCACAUCACACCCACUGAAGGAAGGAAGGAAGGAGACGAAGCUUUUGUGAUAUCGAAGUCUGUGUUUGCACGUUAA